AUGUCCUCUGGUUUUUAGAACUGCUCUUAGUGAGAUUGAGUCAGUGUUUGUUAAGCGAACAGAGGAACAUGGCUUCAUCCUUUCUCAGUGUCUCCCUGCUCUUCAUCAGCCUCUACACAGCAGAUGCAUAUAUAUAUUUUGUGACGAACCGUUGUGAGUUUAACUCCUCGGAUCUGAAGGACAUUGAGUUCAUCCAGUCUAUAUACUACAACAAGGUGGAGUCUUCCAGGUUCAGCAGCAGUUUGGGGAAGUUUGUUGGAUACACUGAGUUUGGUGUGAGACGGGCUGAACACUGGAACAGCAACCCUUCAUAUUUGGCCUUGCUGAGAGCUACAAAGGAAGUGUACUGCAAAUUCUACAUUCAUGUUGCCUACGACUAUUUCCUCUCAAAACCCGUCAAGCCAUACGUCAUACUGAGCUCUACAACACCACCUGCUGGUAAACAUCCAUCCAUGUUGGUCUGCAGCGUCUACAACUUCUACCCCAAACAGAUCAGAGUGAGCUGGAUCAGAGACGGACAGGAAGUCUCCUCUGGUGUUAGUUCCACUGAUAAGCUAGCAGAUGGUGAUUGGUACUACCAGAUCCACUCUCACCUGGAGUACACACCCAGGUCUGGAGAGAAGAUCUCAUGUAUGGUGGAGCACGCCAGCCUGAGAGAACCUCUGAUGACUCUCUGGGAUCCGUCCUUGCCUGAGUCUGAGAGGAACAAGAUUGCCAUCGGAGCCUCAGGACUUAUCCUGGGUCUGGUCUUAUUUCUGGCUGGAAUCAUCUAUUACAAGUGCAAGACACCGAGGUCAGAACAGUGCUCGCUGUAGAUCAAUUCAGACCUCUUACAGAACAUCAGACCAGUUUCACAACAGUUCCCGUCUCAGAGAAGUUACAGACCAGGUCCAGAUAGUUCCAGUCUCAGAGGACUUCCAGAUAAGGUCCAAAUAGUUCCCGUCUCAGAGGAGUUACAGGCCAGAUCCAGAUAGUUCCAGUCUCAGAGGAGUUCCAGACCAGGUCCAGAUAGUUCCAGUCUUAGAGGAGUUAGAGACCUGGGCAGGAUAGUUCCAGUGUCAGAGGAGAUACAGACUAGGUCCAGAGAGAUCCAGUCUCAGAAGACUUACAGACCAGACUCAGAGUCUGAACGCUGUUAUCUUUACAACUCAUUCUGAAACCUGUCUCUGAUUUUUCUUUAUAAUAACGUCACACUGAUCGCUGGAUUUGUUUCAGACCACAUCAGUUUUAAGGACUAAUGUCAGGAUGUGUUGUCUCUUCUUUUUAAUCCAAGGCAGUUCCCAGUAGCUGAUUCUGGACCUGGUUCUGGUCCUGCAGCUAUUAGUCAGAUGGAAUAAAAAGCAGCUGCUGCUUCAACCUGCUUCCUGUUUUCAGCUCAGCUGACUGUCAGUGCUGGACCGACUCAACUCCUGAUUCUCUCAUGAUGUGGACUCUGUAUGGUGGUCUGAACCUGACCCAGGACUCUAGUGUUACUCUGAUGGUCCUGGACCAGGUUUAGUCUGGCCUCUGGUGUUUCCAAGCUGGAUCCGAACUCAUCUACAUGUGAUAGGAUUCUUUACUGUGUGAAAUCAAUAUUUUACAACUGCUUAUGUAAUAACUCUGGUCUUUAAAUAUAAUCCAGUUAUCUGAUGAUUUGGGGCUUGCAGGUGGAUUGUUAGAUUUCUAUAAGAUUUCUAUAUUUUUACUGGCGUGGAACAUGUUCUGACCCUAAUAAACUGAUCAGAAAAUUCUGUG